GCACCGCGAGAGAGAGGACCGCUACCGCUGCCUAGGAAGCUAAGAGAGAGAAGAAGCGCACUAGGUUAGUAAGCCUAGGGAGGAAGACCUCAUCUCAACAUAUGGACGAACUACGUCGCCCGGGGUUACCGCCUUCUAUCGCACAAAGAGGGGAAGGGGAAGGAGAAGGAGAAGGAGAAGGAGAAGGAAAAGGAGAAGAAGAAGGAGAUAGCAAAGGGUCUCUCUACCAACCUCGAGAGGCUAUAAACAUGUUGUUGUAAUGCAAAAACUAGAAGGCUCAUUAAAUGCCG